AUGGAAGGAUUAUCCCUGAUCUGUGCCGGUCUGGGAGCCAUUGAAGAAGAUGAUGACGGCAAUCGAAUUGGUUAUUCCAAGGGCGAAUACUGUCUUGAUAAUCUCAAGGACUUGCUGAGAUCUCUGAGGCGAGAUGAUCCCCAGACCCGAGACGUGUUCAAGCAAAUUUGUAAAUGGAACAUAGUGGGAAAAGACUUGAUGCCCAUUCUCGAUUAUUGUCACGACGACCGUAAUUUAGUCCUAAAUGCAGUGAAGGUUCUGGUUUUCCUCACGAUGCCUAUUGAGCCUUCAACCACUGCCAUCGCACAGCAGAUAGAGUAUCUUUGGGGCGUAAAAUCAGCUAUUACCUUCAGUAGUUCUAUUCCUGUGAUACUAUCUCUUUUAGAAAAACCGUUGGAGAAUUUGGAUAGGCAAGUGCAUACUUUGGUACCUCAUAAUAUUAUUCUACAUUAUCCUGAUAUUUUGUUACCAAUAAAGAUUAAUUUGAAAAGUGAAUCAUUCACCGAAGAUGACUGGAAGUUGGUCCAGCUGGUGCUUACUCUAUUCCGGAAUCUUUUAGCCAUUCAAGAAAUAUCAACACAGCAGAAAGCGGGCGGAUCAGCUACAGAGUACUUAUCUGUUCGAGAUAGAUUCUUAGAGUUGUUAUUCGAAGAAAAUGUAAUGGAGGUAUUGCUAGCGUUAACGCAGAGCAUCGGUGGUUCCUAUCGUUAUUUCCGCCAGGACAACUUUCUUCUAUUGGAAACUUUCCAUUACAUAUUUAUGGGUCAAGAACCAGAGCUGAUUGCUAGAACACUUUUGGAAAACUGCAAGGAGGAUGAAAGUGCAGAGACCUCGCUUCAGGGUCUCAACUACAUUAUGCAAGAAGAACAAGAGAAGAGAAAACUAAACAGACAACGGAAUAUGGGUUCUUAUUCACAUUUCGGUGGAACCUUUACUCGUUUCACCCUGGAUGGCUCCAAAACAUUAUGCCAAGGAAACCCAAGUUUUAGACCUUCCGACGCUAUGCUAAAGGCCAGCAAAAAUCACCGAGGUCCAUCUAAAAGAACAGUAUGGGACCAUGGCAGACUACCAUCAAUGAAGAACAAAACUUUGCGACUGCUUCAUGAUUUUAUCAACCAGUUCUUAUCUGGGGGAUACAACGUUUUGAUGCAGUCCAUUCGUGAAGAUAUUGAGAAAGAACAUCAUGCAAUACAAAACAGCGAUGUAGUAGUUUUUUUUCAGGUUGCUUGGUUUGUCACUUCGUUCCAGUAUUACAAGUUUCUGAAUGAAAAGUCUGGUGAUGAAGUAAAAGAUACACCAAUUGAUCACCUUACUGACAGCACACUCUUUAGCGGCAGCAUAUGUGGGCCAAUAGCUGAAACACUGAAUGAAUCAAUGUUCCUGGUUCUUAUUUCCAAAUGGCGUUAUGCAUUUGAUGCUUUGAAGGAAACCAAUGACUACACAUUGCUUUCUGCUGCUGGAUCCCUGUUGAAAAUUAUGAUUCGCCAAUUGGAUUUGGUGCUUAAGAAGUCCCCGGAAGAUUCAAUGGAGCCUAAAACAGCACGAGUCCUCCUUUACAAGUUAUUCUAUGAUCAAACUGAUGAAGGAAUGACUCAAUCCCUCCUCAACAUGAUCAAAUCAUUUGAUGUACACAAACAAGCCAAAAGUGAUCUUGCAGAUUUAGUUGAAACUAUACAUGUAAUUUUCCGGCUCAUGGAAAAUCUCCAAACCCGUGGCGCAUUGAGGGUUACUAGAAGAUCCAGAAGAAAGACAAUGAAGAAGGAUCUCGUUGAUGGAUCACUAAACAAGGAUGUCGCUAGUCAGAAUGAGGUCCCUGGUCCAGGUAACAAACAGUCUGAGGAUGUAAGCACUGUAGAGGAGAGAUUAGCUGGCCAUGAUUCUGGAUGCAAUGUAAAUGAGGACCCUAGUCAGGAUAGUGCACAUAUUGAAGUUGGAACAGAGACACAAAACCUCAGAAGCAACUUCCAAGAAGCGGAAAAAGAGGAUCCUCGAGAAUUUAAUCACGAUGCAGAUAGUUCUUCAGGAGAUGAGCAGCAAGCAAUUACAGAUGAAGUUGACUUUAGGAUGCACACAAUAGUUUCCACUCUAGGUAACCAUAACAUCAUGAACAACUUGUGUUGGUUACUGAAGUUCUAUAAGAGCAAUUCCCUUAGUACAAAUCACUACAUUAUAUGCUUGCUUCGAAGAAUCUGUGAGGAUUUGGAACUUUCUCCGAUGCUUUACCAGUUGUCAUUCCUCAUUAUAUUUUACGAUAUCCUGGAAGAGCAAAAGUCAAAACCAUGCCGAGAGCAUCAAAAUAUUGUCAGUUUUUUGACAACUUUAAUUAGGAGAAUGUUAAGGAAAAUGAAGAAACGUCCCCUUCUGUUUGUGGAAGUUCUCUUCUGGAAAACAAGAAAAGAAUGCCACCUUAUAAGUGCUGAGUGUAUGCUCAAUGAGCUGGGAAGUUUGAAGAAAGAUAUUGGAGAAGGUGGAUUGAAUGGUGAAACUGCCUUGUCUGGAGGACAAGGAUGGGUCCGAAGAAGCAUAGCUGAUGCCCUAGGGGAUGAUGAGGCUGAUUUUACAAUGCUACAUCGGGAAGUUGAAGAUAAGGAUGAAAAUCCUAGUGAAACUCAUUUCAACGCAUUGGAUAUCAAUGAUGGGACGAAGAGUGCUCUUUCCUCUACAGACAACGAUGUUAAUGAGAAAGAAAAUUAUACAAGGGGUGCAAGUCGUGUCAAAAAAGUUUCUGAAGCCUCAUUCAAGAAAAGGAAAUCCCGUGUUCUUAAUCAAGAAAUGGAAGGAAAAAUAAGGGUUCUUUAUGAGAAGUAUAAGAAUCAUGAUAAUUGCUCCGAUCUCAUUUCAAAUGCUCUUGAGGUAGAUGGAUCAGAAGUACCACCAAAUCAAGUGUCUAGAACUUUGAAGAAACUUGGUCUUCAACUUAUAAAAAAGAAAAGGCAAUCAGCUUAUCCUGAUCAAGUUGGAGAUUCUAACAACAAUUUGGAUGGCAGUCACUCGUCAAAAAAGCCUUCCCACAUUAGAAAAAGAGUGCGUGCAUUUAGUGAAGUUCAGGAACAGAGGAUUAAAGAUCUCUUUGAGCAGUUCAAAGAUCAUAAGAGGUGCAGUCAUAUGAUUGCUGAAGCUUUGGAUGCUGAAGGCGGAAUCUCUGCAAGGCAGGUGACCUACAAAUUAAAGCAGCUUGGUCUUUCUGUUUCCACAAAAAAGAGGUCAGAAAAAGGCUUUCAAUUGAGGGAUUCAAGUGAGGAUUCAGAAGGCGGUGCGGAUGAUUCCGACGACGAGGCUUUGAUAUCAUUGAAGACGAGGAGCAAAAAACAGAAGGUGACUGAACUGGCUCAAACGCAAAACCAGGAAACUGCUAUAAAUUUGUCUGAGGAUGAAUCGCCAAGUCCUGUUCACCUAAACGCAUUUGAACAAUCAGCUGGAGUGGAAGAGUCAGAAACGGAACAUGCAGCAGCAGCAGCAGGCAAUACUGGCUCUGCUGAUCCUGAAGGCUUCACCAGUGGAAAACCAUCUGACUCAGCAUCUCUCGAGGAGGCUGAUGAUAUGGAGAUGCAAACCAAGGUAGUGCAUGAUAGAUUGGCUGAUGAACUGGCUGAUUAUGACGAUGAAAUCUCUGUUGUUGGAUCCGAGAUACGCGCUCCGAGUUUGAGGAGGAGGAUGAUCAUGGAUCUUGAUGAUGAUGAUGAAGAAUAA